AUGGCUGAAGCACCGGGCACACCGCCUCCCACAACCGCACCCGCAGCCGGUGUCGCAUCCGCAGACCCGGCACCGACGACGAGUCCAUCGCGAGUCGUUCCGGCAGUGGCUAUUGAACCAGCUCAGCAGGAUGACCCCGUUGAAGCCGAUGAGGGAUUUGCAAGCGAUAACGACUCUUCGAUUGAUGAUAGAAUUUCGAGUUACACCGCGUCCCUAUCAUCCAGCGUCAUCGACUACCCGGAAGAAUAUGGCCGUCGCUAUCAUGCAUUCAGGCCGGGCUCGUAUUCGUUCCCGAACGACGAGGUCGAAAUGGAGCGCCUCGACAUGGCUCAUGCCAUGAUGGUGAGGGCGAUUGGAAGCAGGCUCUGGCUGGCCCCGCUGGCCAAGGAGAAGGUCCAUCGUAUCCUGGAUAUCGGUACGGGUACUGGAAUCUGGGCCGUUGAGAUUGGUGACAUUUUUGAGAACGCCGAGGUUAUUGGGAAUGAUCUGAGUGCUAUCCAACCUGAAUGGUGCGUCAAGUCUCGGCAUGAAUCCCUCUCUGAUGAUUCCAAAGCUCACUCUUCUUCUCUGGACUCUAGGGUACCCCCGAACGUCAAGUUUGAGAUUGACGAUGUCGAGAGCGAAUGGGUUGGCGUUAAAAAGUACGACUUUAUCAUGUGCCGCUACAUGGCCGCCUCCAUCCAGGACUGGCCGAAGCUGAUCGCCAACAUUUACGACAACCUCAACCCAGGAGGCUGGGCCGAGUUCCAAGACAUGAGCACAGAAUACUACUCCGACGACGGCAGCUACAAACCCGAACACGCAACCUACGAAUGGAAUCAGACCUUUGUCGAAACCCUCGACAAGAUCGGGCGCGAUCCCCGGCCCGGACCGAAGCUCGAGGGCUGGGUGCGCGGGCACGGCGGGUUCGAGCACGUGGCGCACCACAAGUUCAAGACGCCCAUCGGGCCGUGGGCGCGGCACCGGCAUUUCAAGGACCAGGGGUUGCUGAACCUGGCGCAGAUUCUUGAGGGGUUGGAAGGGUUCUCGUUGAAGCUGCUGUGCGGUGUUUUGGGGAGGAGUAAGGAGGAGGUGUUGGUGCAGCUUGCGGAGGUGAGGAGGGAGUUGAAGACGGGGGUUUUUCAUGCUUUGUUGGAUUUGCAUGUGGUGUAUGGGCAGAAACCUGCUCUACCGGCUGCUACAGCGGGGACUGAGUAA